UGGUCGUUGUUAGACAGCAGCAUUGCGGUAUCAAAAUUGGUCGUGGAGGGUUUUAAUCACCCAACUCUUUUCAAAUGGGCCCCGUCGCCUAGCGUCACCUCCCCGAAAGUCUCAGACUGAGUUGCACAGGGUGCUACAAGAACAACAGCACGAACAAGAAGGUGCAGCAGGAAGCUCUACAGGACCUGGGUUUUAUCCUUCCCUCCAGUUUCCAUCCAAGACAGAGUUAAAAGGUCUGAAGCAUGGCAGCAAUCCCAGCAAGUGGGUCCCUUGUAGCCACCCAUGAUUAUUACCGAAGGCGCUUGGGCUCCACGUCAAGUAGCAGCUCAUGUGGCAGUUCGGAGUAUACUGGGGAGGUUAUUCCACACCAUCCUGGCCUGCCCAAGCAGGACUCUGGGCACUGGUGGUCGAGUUUCUUCUUUGGAAAGCACCACCAGUUGGUUAUGGGUUCUUUGGCUGAGGAGGCCCAACAAAAAUCAGGGGUGAGUGUGACUGAUGGGCGGGUGAUGUGCAUUGCCCAGGAUAUGGUGAUGAAGAUGCAGGCCAGUGAGAGUAGUGAUGCUGGGAAGAUGGAGGUGGGAAGUUCUCCUUCCUAAGACCAGCUCGGAGGACCAACGCUAGGGGACGGGCAAUGCCCCCCACCCCCCUCUUUUUUUUUUUCGUCAUGUGUAGAAUAGCUUGCUUGUAUUGGUUUUUAUAACCAUUAUUGUAACCACAACUAGAAUUAAGGUAAAGUGAAGUGUUUUUGUACCAUUUUUACACAUCUGUAACACCUUCCUAUUAUUGUUUAAUAUCUGAUUCCAUUUUCAUCCUGUAUUCAUACAAUAAAACUGGCAAAAGCAGAUGAUUUGACUAUGACCUGGCCACUAGUGGCAAAAUGAUUUUGGUGUACAUUCCACUCAAUAACCAAAAUGUUAUAUGUAUAUGUGUAACUUUUUGUGCUUAAUUAAAGUUAGAAUUAUAAUGUAUGGAAAACUCUA